AUGGAUGUUAAUGCAAUUCUUUAAGAAAGAAAACGAUUAAGUAUUUUCAUUUUUUAAUCUAAGGAAUUUAAAAAGAAAAAAUUAAGCAGUCUUAAUUACAAAGAAAAUUUAGAUAAAAAGAAAAAUAUUAUAAUUAAGAAUUGACAGAAAAACUUGGAAAAGAUAUUCUAGCAGAAAAAAAGCAAUCCUUUUAUUAAAAUGUAAAUAAGAUUUAUUAUUAAUAAAGCUUUUUGCUUCAGAUUAAAAUAAUAAUAGAGAAUAAGAAGAAAUUUAACUUUCCUAAAAUCAAUAAUAAUAAAAAUAACAAAUUAAAGAGAAAAAAAAAAAUAAAAUGGAAAGAAAACAAAUUAAAAAAGUCUUUACUUAAAAAAAUGCAAAAGGAUAACCAGUGUUAAAAAAUUAUUUAAAUUUAAUGAUCAAAAAAAUAGAAAAAGAAAAAUUAAAUAAAAACUGA